AUGGCUGCUCAGGUGGGACCUCUGCCACAGCUCAAGCUGCCUUCGGGCCCUACGCCAAUCACUGCCGAACAACGAUACUGGAAGACGUUCAAGAACCAGCUUCUGAUUCCGUCACCAACAUCGUAUCCCGUCGUUCACAUCUCGGCCAAUAACGAUUCUUUCGCAGUCACCACAGGCACACGCAUUCAGAUCUACUCGAAUCGAACGCGCAAGCUUCAAAAGACUAUUACGCGCUUUGGGGACGUCGCACGUAGCGGUGAGAUCAGGAAAGAUGGAAGGGUACUGGCGGCUGGUGAUGAUACGGGAAAGAUUCAGGUCUUCGAUGUCAAUUCUAGGGCGAUCCUCAAGACAUGGACGCAGCAUAAGCAGCCAGCUUGGACAACCAAGUUCUCGCCGACUGAGCUGACGACCUUGUUGAGCGCUAGCGACGAUAAAACUGUUCGACUUUGGGAUCUCCCAAGCAACGACCCGACGACUACAUUUGUUGGUCACUCAGACUACGUUCGAUGCGCCAACUUCAUGCCUGGCACCAUGUCCAACAUGAUUGUCUCAGGAAGCUAUGACUCGACUGUCAAGCUUUGGGACCCCAGGGCAGGAAGCAACAGUGCGGUCAUGACUUUCAAGCAUGCUGCGCCUAUUGAAGAUGUGCUGUCUAUGCCCACUGGAACCGCAGUUCUUGCAGCUGCGGGUGAAUCCAUCAGCGUUCUCGACCUUGUUGCCGCGCGCCCUCUGCACAUGAUUACCAACCACCAGAAGACAGUCACUUCUCUCAGCCUCGCGUCCAAUGGCCGACGACUUGUCAGUGGUGGCCUGGAGGGUCAUGUUAAAGUGUUCGAAACGACUGGAUGGAACGUUGUCUCGAGCACCAAGUAUCAAUCUCCCGUCCUGUCCGUCAAGGUUAUCCCGUCUAGUGAUGAUGCCGAUUCAAGCGACCGACAUCUGGCAGUUGGUAUGCAGUCUGGUGUUCUUAGUGUGCGAACCCGCCUCACUGGAGCCGAGGCCAACAGAGAAGCCGAACGGGAGAAGGAAAUGGCUGCUCUGGUUGCUGGAACCAUUGAAGCCCAUGAUGCCAAACGUAAGAAGCGGAAGAGGAGAGUUACCGCAGCAAAGAAGUUGGAUAUGGUUGGCGAGGGGGCCGAUGUUGUCAUUGCAAACGAGUCUCGCGCCUACAAGAAAAAGGAGCGCCCGUGGCAGAGUGACCUACGACAUGCUCGAUAUGCGCGUGCACUCGAUCAAGUCCUCGACAAAGACUCACCUGAGCAUUCACCUCUCAACGUGCUGACCCUUCUCCUGGCCCUUCGCCAUCGCAGUGCUCUCCAAGAUGCCUUGGAGUCUCGAGACGAGCACACAGUUCAGCCGAUCUUGAAAUGGGUUUGCAGUCACAUCUGUGACCCUCGAUAUGUUAGUGUCUGCGUAGAAGUUGGCCUCCACCUUCUCGAGCUCUACGCAGAGUUCGUAGGUGGUUCAGCAGAGCUGCAUGAAGGCUUUAGGACUUUACACCGCCGAGUUAGGGUCGAGGUGGAGAGAGCUCAGGUAGCAUGCCAAACCGGAGGUAUGCUCGAGAGUCUGAUGGUCGGGACCCUCUAA